GAGAAGCACUCGCACCACAGCCCCACUAACGUGUUCUCCAGGCAGGCCAGAGGACCCUCUUUGAUCUCUUUCCCGCCAAAGCCUCUGCCACGAGGCCCGCAUCUCCAACAUUGGAGAAUGCGAGCCUCACAGGAGGCACUGCGGACACCCUCUCCAGUGACGUCGAAAUAGUGGACUCUGUGUCCAGUCCUCUCCUCACAGACGCGGAUGCCCUCACUGAUACGAAAAAUGAGGGCUCGGAAAUAGGCGUAGACAAUACCACGAUGACUUCUGGCGAGCGAAAGCAUGCUGCCCUCCGGGCAAAGCUGCGUUUGAGGCCUGCGCUAUCUCAAGGUUCUGAAGCUACACCUAGCAGCUCCCAGGCGACCACGGAAGGACAAAGUCGUGACGAUCCCAUCAUUGUCGACUGCAGUCCAAUCCGACCAAUGAAUGUCAACCGGGUAUCUGACAAGCCCUUCUACUCUAUCUUUGCUCCGAAAAAAGCAUCCCCGGUCAUCUCGGCCCCGUCAGAUUUGUCGACUCGUGCAUCUUCGCCGCCCAAACGCCUCAACAAGCAUGGCAUGAUUGUCCCUUACCCUCCACGCGACUCCCAGCACAUCCGGGCAAAUCAGACAAAUUUCUCGACAUCUCCGUGUCCCUUUGAACGCCGCCUCCAAAACUCCCGCUCAUCCUCCCAGGCUCAACUACCUUCACAGGACGAGCACACUACGGCGUAUUGUCAAGCUCAGGGCAGCGAACCACUGCGCAAUGGUGUACGGUCUGCGGGUAGGACCGAUGACUUCGCGCGAAACGAGCGCGGCCGCACGGUUGUCAAUGGGUCAUCGGCCCCUUGUGACCCAAGUUCAGCUUCUCAUAUAGUCAAUGACAUUCCUGCGACGCACAAGUCGUACCCCGCCAUCGAGCGCCUCGUCGACCGAAUCCAAUCAGAUCAUCACGACGAGGCGGACUCAUCGCCCCCGUCACAAGAGCUGUGGAUAGACAAGUGGCGUCCCCGACGUGCAGACGAGGUCCUUGGUAACGAAGACCGGGCGCUGUACCUUCGUGCCUGGCUACUCGCCCUGAAGCUCCACAUCGAGAGUACACCGGCAUCCUCACAGGCUUCGCGUGGCUCCGAAGGAAGCGGGAAAAGGAGACAGCCGGCCGCGAAGCCACGAGGUACAAAGAGGCCCCAGGUUGUCCGACAAGUGGACAGGCGGAGGAAACGAAGACGGCUGGACUCGGAGGAGCCGGACGACUCGUGGAUCGUGGACGACGAAUGGGACGACGACCCUGAGGUCGAUAAUGCCCAUUACGGCGCCGGGGGUGGGGACGAGCUCGCGUUUUGUCAGCAGCCUUACUCACGGUUACGGCGUGUCGCAGAAGAAGUCGAAGCUCCUCCUUGCCUAGAUCCCCCUGCGACGACCGCAGAUACCGAAAAGGACAAGGUUGCUGAGUUCUCGCCCCGCAGCCCUCAAUUUGGUAAUCAAAUCCACAACACUAUCCUCCUGAGCGGGCCGUCCGGGUGCGGUAAAACUUCUGCCGUAUAUGCGUGCGCGGAGGAGCUGGGUUGGGACGUCUUCGAGGUCUAUCCCGGCAUUGGAGAGCGGAGCGGUGCUGCGCUCAACAAGCUCGUAGGAGACGUUGGCAAGAACCAUAUCGUAAAGCAGACCCAGCGCCAGCAGAAGUCGAUCUUUGGCGGCACUAUCGCUGUCCAAGACCCACAUGCACCGAGAAAUGGCGGGGCGACCCAGAAGGCAGGGGGUCGUAAACGCGUCCUCAAGCGGGUCGACUCGGAGAACGAUCUGGACGGGGAAGGGCAGAGUCAGACGGAACCUACGGCCUCUGCCGCGCCUAGCACACUGCCCUCCGAACAUCCGCCGGUCUCCCAGUCCAUUGUGUUAAUAGAGGAAGUGGACGUGCUAUACGACAGUGACGCCAACUUCUGGCCGUCCCUGAUCAAUAUCAUCAAGGAGUGUCGUCGACCCGUUGUUAUGACAUGUAACGACCCGUCCUUGGUUCCCAUCGCGGACCUUCCUCUUCAGGAUAUUCUCUUCUUCUCACCGGCAGUGCCUGCACUGGCCACAUCUUAUUUACAGUGUGUGGCUCUCCUUGCUCAGCGGCCUCUAGAACGAUCCACAAUCUCGCGGUUGUAUGAGCGUGGCGCGGACGCACCAUGUGGAUACACUGGAGGCUCCUCGACGGAUCCUCCUGCUCGCUACCCGGAUCUCAGGCAGUCGCUGCUACAAUUACAGUUCGGCGACCCAGACAUUCCGACAGAUUCCCCUGCCGAGUCUGCCAGCGCCGAAGAGCGGGUACCUCACUCGCACGUCCCCUCUUCUCUCGACGUUCCAUUGGAGGCCGCACAGGAAGACCUGCGUAUCGUCCACGGCCUCGACAAACUCGACAAACUCUACAACAACCUAUCCUUCGCGGACUGCCAUUUGCACCGGAAGCAACUGGACGACCUCGUGGAUACCAUGACUGCUGAUUCGGGAGCAGCGAAUGAUGAACUGGGCUACAGGGUGCUGCACAACGACGCCUCGACGGCGAGCCUGGCGCCCAUUAACACAUCCUUCUAUCACCAAGAUGAAGCCGUCAUGGAAUUUCUCUUGUCCAGCUGGCAAAACCUCUGUGCACCCGUGUGCAGCAUCCCCACGGAGCUACACGGUGGUGGUAUUCCGAGUGGAGAACUCGCUACGCAAAUGGUCUCCGUCUUACAGGAGACCGAGGUCCCAUCCGAUACGCUCGCAAACUCGUCGGCGGUAUACCUCGAUUAUGGGCCGUGGCUGAGACAUAUGGUCAAUCUGGAUGACGCAGUCGAGGCCAAUUACUUGGAGUCGCAGGCCGGCAAGGAUGAAGUACGCAAGACCAGGAACAGUCUUAAGUCUGUUCGGCCUGUCCGCUACGUCCUUAUCAGCGAGAGCAACCGACGGACGCUAACGCACACCGCCCUGCGUAAUUAGGGACGGUCUGCGGACAUGUUUUUGUAUCGUAAAUGUAGGGGCGUCGCGCUCGGUCAACUCGGUUUGUUAUGCACUCUGGCGCAGCCUGUGACUCAG